AUGCCCCGAAAGCUGCCCUGGGGAAAGGGGAGCUCCGCACCUUCAGCUCUCCCAAGGCCGACGUCUGGCAUUCCAAACCAUACUCCAAAGCGACAGAGAUUGGAGAAGGUAGAUCCGGGAAGCGAUACCGAUGAUGGGCCAAGACAAGAACUUCGACCACCGUCGACAUCGCCACCCCCUGGACCACCACCGGAAAGCUUUAUGAAUGAGGGCAUGGAGCACGAUGACAAGUACCGGAUGGUAGAAGAUGAAUUCUUUUCAGUCGCGCAGCGGUUCACUGUUCAUCUCCAUGCCGCCGAGUACAAACGGCAGGAGAAAUUAGCAAAAGCUCGUAAUGCUGAAGCCAUAACAUCCAUAUCGCGACCCGUCACUGGAAAGAUGUCCGAUCAGACUUCGCGCAAGCUUGCAAGUGCCAACCGAUCGAAAACGCAGAAAGGACUUCUAGAAGGCUUUGCAUCUGACGAUAGUGAUGACGAUGAUAAUCUUCCAUACGUUGGCACCUCUCUACAUGGGUUGAUGGAUAGCCCUAGAAAAAUCACAUCACUUUUAAAGGUUGGAUCGAUUGGGGCAACAACACGUGCUGCUGCCGGUUUCAACAAGCCAGCAGCUAGUCGAAAUUUACCUGCGCAAGCAACAUCCAGAUUACCAGGAUUUCCAAGUGCUUCUCACAGUAGCAAAUUAUCCAAAUUUCGGGGCCACAGCCCGACCAUAACGUCUAAUGACGACGAUGAUCUUGAUGCACCAAUAUUAGCACCGAAAUUGGGCUCACCAGCGACAAAGCCAACUUUCAAGAGGAGAACACUUUCAGAUGCACCCCCAAUCGCUUCUCCCUCCAGGAACGUCCCCGGUAUAAAAGUCGAACCAAUACCGGCAUCCAUUUCAUCUAUAAAAUCAUUUCAUAGUACGGCGUCGGCCACUCGACUAGUGAAGGUUGAGACCAAUAAUACCACCAUCUCGGGCAGCAGCAAUUCUAAGCUUUCUAGGCUGGAUCAUGCUAGACGACAAAAGGUGAAACAGGAACUCGACCAGCAGAAAAACAAGAAACUUGACGAGAUCCCUACCUUUUUAUGA